AUGAGAAGUAUUUUGUUGCAGAUUUAUAAUGUGAAAUCUGAUAUUAAUGAAGCCGAUCUGCAGUUUCUUCAGCUAUUUGUGAAGUUUGGAGCUGCAAUUAAGGGAAAUAAUGAGAAACCUUUCCAGACAUUGUUAUUUCUUAUUCGUGAUUGGAAGAAUCCUCGUGAAAGUAGCUUUGGCAUAGAUGGAGGGUUGCAGCACCUUAAAAAAGUCAUGACAGUAUCUCCAAAACAGAGCCAAGAAAACCAACACUUAAGGAAGUCGAUUAGUGAGAUGUUUGCUAAUAUAAUGUGUUUUCUUAUGCCUCGCCCAGGAGAUGAAGUUUGUGAGGGUGAGAGCAAUGGUCAAAUUAGAGACAUUGCUCAGAGAUUUCAAGUGCAGAUAAAAGAUUUGGCAAAUUUUAUCUUUUCAUCCGAAUUAACUGAAGCUAAAAAGAUUGAUGGCAAAAGCAUUACAUGCGGAAGCUUAGUCGAUUAUUUUAAGGAUUAUGUGAAGACUAUUAAUGAAGAAGGGAAAAAGGUUGAAAGUACAUCAAUAAAUGAGGCUCAUGCUCUGGCACAUAACCAUCAGUCAUACACAGCUGUGAUGCAGAGUUUCGUUGCAGAUGUGGAUAAGCUAUGUGUGAACUACCAAGAAAAUCUAAAUGAAUUUCUUGAAUAUCGGAAGAUGCAAGCACUGGCAGAUUUCAAUGAAAAGUGUAGGUUAAAUCCAAGUACACAGUAUGGAAAAUUAAAAGAUGCAAUGAAAGAUGACAUCAACAGUAAAAUGCUAGCUUACUAUGCAAAAAACGAUUUGAUAGAGGCACAUGCAAGAUCUAACAAUUGGAGAUAUUUUCAAGAAGCAAUGACAAAAUUUGAAACUGGAAUGAAAGAGGUAUGUUCCUCAUAUUGGAAGGACACAGCCCUGAAGAGUAAGUUUAUGGAGCAAAAAAGAAUAGCUUUUGAAUACUUCAUCAAUUAUGGGGAAAGGAUUGGCACAUCAUAUUCUGAGUACAUACAAGAACUUGAAGAAAACAUUACCAAGAAGUACCCAGCUUACAAUCUAAUAAUGGCUCGGAAAGAAGCCUGUAAUUGUGCAUUUCGUGUGUACACAAAGGCAAUGGAUCAGAAAUAUACAACUUAUCAGAAACCUAUUGGGGACUAUCGUCGCAACCAUGAAGAAGCAAAAAGGAAAGCAGUAGCAGCAUAUGAAAGCCAUAAUGUUGGGAAUAUAUCUGGACAGAACCUUAAAGAUUUGGAACAAAAAAUGGAGUUGAAAAAAAAAGAAUGCGAACAACUUAACAAUCAGAAAACUAAAAAUGCUGAGAAGGAAAAUAACGCGGCACAUGAUGAAGCAUUGGUAUCAUACAGAAACAAAAUGCAACAUGGUUUCCUAAGUAGAUUUGGUUUUGAGGAAUUGCAUUAUCAAACAAGUACAAAUGCAGAAAAAAAGUAUGACAACACUGCCGUCCAAGGCUUUCCAUCGUACCAGCAAAACAAGAUGGCGCUGACAAGAUCAAUCCUCACUAUGUACACGGAAUUCAGAUCUAGAAGAACUUUUUGGAUUUGGUUUAGAAAAAGCCUGCUUGGUUAUACUACUGAGGAAGUUGCCAUUCCUUCACACUUGCUAAAAUCCAGAGCUAGAUGAAUACCAUUGUUUUAAACAUACAUCCACUCUGCAGCAAACACUAAAAUAUGACUACACUAGUAUUAUACAGUUAUUCUUUAUAUAUAUUUUUAACUAUAAUUUUAACUUAGUUCACCAUGAAAAUUAUUUUACAAUGUAGUUCUGGUAGUUAAAGUUGGAUUAACUAUUUUAACAGACUGAGUUAUAGAACCAUAGUUUUAUAUACUUAUUAAUAAAAAUUCAACACAAUAUACUUUGUUAAAAUAGUAGAGUAGAUAUUGUUUGAAAAGGGGUAUAACCCCAAAAAAUUGCAACAAAAGUUUUUUCAACAAGGAAAACCUUUAGGUCAGUUGCACAACACAGCUGUGGAUCCUUUUGCCAUUUCUACUUUUUUUGAAUUGGAUGUUUUAAUUUAUUGAUAUUUAAUAUUUGUAAUAUUGGAAUUUUGAUUGAUAUUUAUAAUUUGUAAUUUUUUCAUUUUCUUUCAUAGUAGCUGACUGAUCUUACACAUUUUAUGUUGCUUGAUAUACCAGCAGUUAUAAAUCUUAAGCUCUGAUGCUACUUCACUAUUAAGUAAUACUGUACUAGUAGGUUUGCACUUUAAUUCGAGACCACUUUUGGGAUCUGACAAUGUGGUAUGGUCUUCAGGUUCAGUCUCCAGUUAGGGGGUUAGCUGUGUAUUAAAAGGUUAAUGGUAAAAAGUGUUCUGAAAUUAGCAGGGUCUCGAAUUGGAGGGGGAACUUGAUGUACAACUUUUACUUCAAAUAGAUUGCUCUAUCUUAUACUGGCAUUGAACUAGUGCCAGUUCAGUUCAGUUCAACUUCAUUUAACCAUGGAGGCCCAGAUCAACAUAAGGUUGUUCUUCCCUGUGGCCGUGCACAUAAAUACAAUACAAAAUAAAAAA